CAAAGAUGGCAGCCCGCUUGAUGAAAAGUGCUUUGGGUUGGAAUAAAACAUUUAUUACCCUAUUAAACCAAAGACAUGUCCUACGAUGGGAUCAGCUGUUUACUCCUUGUUCUUGUUUAUGUAAAAGCAAUAUAAAUAAAUUUCUGAACACGCACCGUCAUUUUUCAACUAAUGCAAAAGCUAAAGAUGAUUCGGGAUCUUCGCCUUCUCCCAAAAAGCCGCAUUGUAAUGUCGGGACAAUAGGCCAUGUAGACCAUGGUAAAACAACCCUUACCGCUGCUAUAACAAAAGUAUUAUCAGAAAAAUACAGUAAUGAAAAUAAAUUUGUUGCAUAUGAGGCAAUUGAUAAAGCCCCUGAUGAAAUCAAACGAGGUAUAACUAUAAAUUCUGCGCAUGUUGAGUAUGUUACACCAUACAGACACUAUGCACACACAGAUUGCCCAGGUCACAUUGAUUAUGUAAAAAAUAUGAUAACAGGGGCAUCACAGAUGGAUGGUGCAAUUUUAGUUGUCGCAGCUACUGAUGGUACUAUGCCACAAACAAGAGAGCAUUUAUUGCUGGCUAAGCAGAUCGGGCUUGAAAAUAUUGUUGUAUUCAUAAACAAAGCUGAUGCUGUAGACAGUGAAAUGGUUGAGCUAGUUGAGAUGGAAAUCAGGGAGGUUGGUUUCAAUGGAAGUAAAUGCAGUGUUGUGUCUGGUUCAGCGCUACAUGCUUUGAAAGGAGAAAACCAUCCCAUUGGUAGAGAUAAAAUUCUUGAAUUACUACAAGCAGUAGAUACAAGUAUUCCCACACCUGAAAGAAAAUUAGAUGAACCUUUUAUGAUGCCAGUUGAAAAAGUGAUAAGUGUUCCUGGACGUGGCACAGUGGUUAUUGGAACAAUAAAACGUGGAGUUAUUCGAAAAGGAGAACCAAUAGAACUAGUUGGCUAUGGUAACCUCGUUAAGUCAGUUGUUUCUGAUCUACACGUGUUUAAUAAAUCUGUAAAAGAAUGCGCAGCUGGUGAAAAUGUUGGUGCUCUACUGCGCGGAGUUAAAAAUGAAAUACUGCAACGUGGCAUGAUCGCUGGCGCCCCUAAUAGCUUGUUUCAGUGUAAUGCAUUCAAAGCUCACAUGUAUUUACUUACAAAAAAUGAAGGAGGUCGUGACCGUCCGAUAACAAAUAAUUACAUUCAAAUGAUGUACAGCAAUACUUGGAAUAUCUCCUGUUGUGUGCAGCUUCCGGAUGAUACCACCAUGUUGAUGCCAGGUGAAGCCAUUCAGGGCAGCGUGUUACUAAGACUGCCUAUGGUUGUUUCCGCAGGGCAAAGAUUUACUGUACGUGAAAAUAACAUUACUACAUUAACAGGGCUUGUUACUGAAGUCCUCCCUAAUAGUGAUCUUAAAGUGAAAGGCUUCAACGAAGAGAAAAAGGCUAGAAUGAUGAUCCAAGGAAAUGCGCAAGUGACUCGUUCUGCAAGAUUAAAAAGGAAAAGACAGGACAGUUAAAUUAUUUCUAAUUCUAUCAUAAAAAUUUCAUGGUUUUAUGUAUACUUUACUGAUUUGUUUUAUGUUAAUGAAAAAACACUAUUUAUAGGCCUACUUAAUAAGUAAAUACUAAAAUACCGUUA